GUACAUAGUAGCUUCACCGGAGCGGCGAGAAAAGAGCAUCAGCCAUAGCAAGAAGGUCAUGCGAUAACAUUAGUGUUUGUAAUGUCUGAAACAUGGCUUUAUCCCACAGUUUUGUUGUGUAUCUAUGGCUUUUUCUCCAAUCUCAGACCAUCAGAGCCUUUUCUCACCGCCUUUCUGAUUGGACCGGACAAAAACCUGACUGAGAGAGAGGUUGUGAAUGAAAUCUAUCCACUAUGGACAUAUUCCUACCUGGUCUUACUGUUUCCUGUUUUCCUGGCUACGGAUUACCUCCGUUACAAGCCCGUGCUCAUCCUCCAGGCAACCAGUUACAUCAUCACCUACGUGAUGCUAGUGAAAGCCCAGGGUGUGCUGGCAAUACAAUUUCUAGAGUUCUUCUUUGGUGUGGCUACAGCCACUGAGAUUGCGUACUUUUCCUACAUCUACAGUGUGGUCGAGCCGUCCAGCUACCAGAAAGUGACUGGUUUCUGCCGCAGCAUCACUCUGCUGGGAUCCGCUGUAGGAUCACUCAUUGGACAGAUACUGGUGUCAGUAGCCCAUGUUCCGUUGCUUACCCUCAGCAUCGUCACACUGUCCUCGUCCUGCGUGGCAUUUCUGGCACCGUGGUUUUUGCCCAUGCCCUGCAAGAGCCUGUUUUUCCACCAGCGUAAGAGCAGACCUCAGGACAAGACGGCACAGGAGCUUGCUGAUAAAUCGGAAGACUAUGAGUGCAAAGUGCCACUUGGUGACAAUGAAGGCACCAAGAUCUUGAAGGAGAAACAUGGUGGCCCUGGAAGUCUUGUGGAGGUCUUGAAGAGUCUUGGAGCAGAUUUUGUGAAGUGUUAUUCCUGCCGCACUCUCCUGGCCUGGUCAGUGUGGUGGGCUUUGUCUACCUGUGGCUACUUCCAAGUGAUAAAUUACACCCAGGUUCUGUGGGAGAAUAUCCUGCCUUCAAAAGAUUUCGAGAUAUACAAUGGUUAUGUAGAGACCAUAUCCACAUUGCUCGGUGCCCUUGCUGCUUUCUGUGUAGGAUUGGUUAAGGUACCAUGGGCAGUGUGGGGAGAACUCGCACUCUGCAUUUUCUCCAUCGCCAUUGCCGUGGCUGUGUACGUGAUGGACACAGUCAGGAAUAUCUGGGUGUGCUACACUGCUUACGUGAUCUUCCGGGCCACCUACAUGUUGCUCAUCACUAUAGCAACGUUCCAGAUUGCCACCAAUCUAAGUAUGAAGAGAUAUGCCUUAGUGUUUGGUGUGAACACAUUUGUGGCUUUAUUUCUACAAACGCUGCUUACUCUGAUUGUGGUCGACUCUGCUGGCUUGGGCCUUGAUAUUUUUCCGCAGUUCCUGAUCUACGGUAGUUAUUUUGCUGCAAUCGCAGUGAUCUUCCUCAUUGCUGGUUUGUAUAAAGUGGUUACACGCCGUAGAGCUGCUGAUGGCGUAAAAACUGAGAGCGCAGACACUGAACAGCAAACAGACUCCUCCUCUUCAGAGACUCACAUCCCCUAAGACAGCAGUAUGAAAUAAUUCCUGAUCAAUACUUUCAGCACUUUUCACUCAAACUAGGUUAUUUAUUAAAAUAGUGAUUGUAUUGUAAAAGCACUAAUAAUGGAGCAGAGGCUAGAUUUAGUGCUGUGUGUAGUUUCAGCAAUAACAAAGAAAACACAUUUAGACUAUGAUUACUGUUUAUAGUUAGAAAGAAAGAGCUAAAGAACAAGACAGCAAAGAAACGGGACCAAAAUUUGUAGUUCAUUAUACGUGGAAAGUUGACAAGAUAAGUGUAUCGAUGGUCGUGUGUGCAUACUACUGGAAGUACGUUUAAUGGUGUGUAGAAGGUCGUUAUCAGCAAACCGGGCUCCGGAUUUGGACCUAGCAAAUUAUUGCACUGAACUCCAAAAAUUACUGUAGCUGGACAUUUCACUGUAUGAAAGUCAUCUCUGCUUCUGUAGAGGAUCAUCUGUUUCCUGUGUGUGUUAUAGAAAUCUGCUUCUCUCUAUCUCAUGUCUUCAAAGUCUGGUGCAACAAAAAGCAAGAACAGAAGCACCAUUGUGAAACACUACAACCUGCAAAUUGUCUUCCACAUGGUGAUUCAAAAAAUGUUACCACUAUUACCACACUUGAUUACUACUUGAUUUGUCGCUAACUGUCGUGGAAAAUGAAGGACCUCUCUACAUGCUGCAUCCUUGUUUCUUGCUCCAAACUAUUGGUUCUUUUACCAAAAACUUCAAGUGAUUUAAAAAAGGAGGAAUUGUUGCCAGUAAGAACUGAAUCACCCUGUAUGUAGUCACAUAUUAUGUUACUGUUACAUAUCAGAAGGUAACUGAUCUCAUCACGCAGUCAUUGUAGCUGAUAAGGUACAGAAGUAAGGUACAGAAGGAAUUUUAUUGAACUGGACCUUCACAUACAUACAGUACUGUCCAAAAGUCUUGAGUACAUGCAAAGAAGUGCAGUAAAGGAAAUGUAAUAAAAUACAAUUUUAGUACAUCAACAAACUGCUAUAAAGAGCAGUAUACAAUAACAAUCUAUUAAAGUUAAUGUAUUAAAUAUCUAUUCUAUUAAAUAUUUAAUGUGACAAGCCAAUUAAAAAAAAUGCAGUUUUUAUAAGGAAUUUAGCUGGUACAUAUUAAAGAGUAAAAUAUUACUUUUCUUUACUGGCAUUCAAACAGUUUCUGUAGUUUUUUUCUUUUUUUGUUCUUUUGGAAAUUACUAAUGCAACAGUCAUGAAAUACAAAACAAAAUGGUACUAAAGGUAUAUGAUGUCAAAACUUUUGCACAGCACUGUAUUUUAGUUGAAUAUCCAUGCUGUACAAUAUACACUAUUGGAAGUGCCUUUCUUUUUUUUUUUUAUCCAUUUUUUUAUUCUUUUUUUAUUACUGUAUCAUGUGAUUGUGUGAUUGUGUUUUUUGUUUUUUUUUAUUCAGAGACUUUUCUUUGUUAAUUGAGAAAUUAGGGCAUUUGUUUGCAGUCCAGAGAACAGAUUUUCAUCUUUUUCUUCUUUCUUUUCUUUAUAUUUGUCUUAGUCAUUCUUGGGCUCCUUUAAAGUACAGGCACUGUGAUUGCGUUAAAUGUGCUGUAAGCGUUAACCCGUUGGCGGUUGCCAAAUAAUGAGCUCUAGAAUGCUGCAGUUAUGACUUGCUUCAUUUCAGUAUUUAAGUUGAAGGUAGAUGAUUUUCAGACAGCUGUAACCUUUGCAAUACACUUCCUUUAUCCGUCAAUAUAUUCUUCCUCUCUGUCAUUAACUGGAGGCUAAAUAUGUUGGUAAGUCGCACAGAACUCUUUGCUCUCAUUUUCAUUGGUUGCCUAUCAAUUUCAGUACAAAGUUAUCUUUGCAUAUGGCACAGUUACAGGUUGAGAUUAUAUUAAAGCACAAAGUUACAAUCAGUUAUGUUUAGUUGUUUCCACUUGCAGUCCCUGGUGGUCUAGCAGCUCUCGCGGCUAUGGAUUGAUUCUCAGGCAGGGAACUGGCCGAGUCUGUUAGGGGGUUAACUCUUAACACAAGCCUGGAUAAAAUGACAAGGUUGUGUUGCAUUAGGGAAAAAAAACUUUUAUGAAACCUGUGCCAAAAUCAAACAUGUGGAUCGGAAGAUCCGAUGUGGUGACCCCAAACAAAGAGCGGCCGAAGGAAAAAAAAAAUUAUAUUUCUACAUUUUCUCCAUAUGAGAUUUGUAGGAUUCAGCUGUGCAGGCUGGAUCAAGAACAGACUGGAUCUACACAACUACACAGCUUUAUCCACAAUGCUUUAAUGCUUGUAGGUUUGUAACAGAUACCAGUCUGGCUAAUGACCUCUCAAACAUUUUAUAAUGUGGUGCAUCCUUCAUAUGUCUCUUUUCAUCCUCAAGCUCUGACUUGUUAUAUUUGCACUGUUACUGCACCAGCUCCUUACAGGCAGACGCUGUGUAGUGAAACCGUAUGGAUAACUUGCCUGUGGUCUGAGAGAAUGUAUUCUAAUGUGAAUCUACUGUAUGUAAAACUAAACCACUUCACAAUCAAUGAACUAUGUACAAUCCUUAAAGCUCUGAAUAGUUAAAAACCUUCAAAAAGUGCAGUAUUGUAUAUUUAGUUAGGUUAUGUAUUGCAAUUGCACAUACUGUAUAUGAUGAUUAUUAAUGAUGAUCAUACCAUCAGCACUUAGAAGCCUCAAAGCCUUGUACUUGUCCUUAAUUUUGUAAUUUUAUGGCAUUAAUGUACAAUAAAUAUCUUGAAUAUU